AACGUCGACCGAGCGAACUCGCGAUCAGCCCAGCAGAUCAAUUGGCACCAAGUUCCUCUUCAACAGCUUGCGAAUCAUGGCGACUUCACACUUCAGAGCCGUCAGCACGCUGACACGCAGUUUGCGCGUCUCGCACCGUGCUUUCACCGCUUCCGCCCGAAGUCUCGAGGCUUCCGUUCCCUCCACCUCCAAGCACGAUGCGACUCCUGCCCCGAUCGACGAGUCGAAGCCUCUCGAGGUGAACCAAGCCCCCAACAGGCUGGGAGUGUGGUCGAGGAACCAGAGGCCGCGCUCUGAGGCCAUGACAGGUCCGCGAUUUGAGCAGACGGACUUUGAUCUCCAGCCGCAGCCCAAGUCGGCGAUCGAGAUGAUUCACAAGGAGCCCGUGAGGUGGACGCACGACCGGAUCGUCGCCUGUGAAGGAGGUGGUGGCCCAGCCGGCCACCCCAAGGUGUUCAUCAACACAGACAAGCCAGAGAUUGCCAUUUGCGGCUACUGUGGCCUGCCAUUCGCGCACGAGCACAACCGAAAGCACCUCGAAUCUCUACCCCAGACCUCGUACCCUCUCGCAUGAGGAUGACAAUUGUAAUCGGCAAUGGGAGGACACCUUAUAGAGUAGGGAAUGAUGUAGUGGAGUUGGGAAUAUCCAGUUCCUUGUAUUCAGAGUCUGCAACAUAUUCUAUGUUUCCACACGACUACCCUGGCUAACGUCGAGGUCAUUUGCGUCAACCAACGAUAUUCACACAACCGUCGUGGUUUCGUGAACCCGAGUGAUAUACAAUAUCGACAAAUGAUCAAGAGUCAAUAUCAACAUCCCGACGCAGCUUAGGGCGCGCAGCCAUUGGGGCACUUCGGUUGGCUUGCUGGUAAUUUCUCCAAAUGACACCCUUCGCUCAACUGUAAUCGGGUCCUUAUCAUUCGCUUGUGGCUCGGCGCCGUAAAGUAAUAGCUGCCCCACCUGAAUACAUCAUACCUCAACGA